AUGAAAUUUCUAUGCCUCCCAGGAGGUUAUUGCAACGCCAAGUGUUUCAAAACUCAGCUAGGGCCGUUCUGCGAUGCCCUCGCAUCCAAUGGAAAUGCCAGCUUCUAUUACACACAGGGAACCACCGAGGUGUCCAUCCCCCAAGAGUUCGCCGGGUUUUUCGGUCCACCGCCCCAUUAUACCUUCAUGGAUAUCGAAGGGCAUCUGGCCCAUAUUAACAUGAGGGACUUCCCAAAACGCGAUACUCCGGAAGAGACAAUCAAAGCCGCCACACAAGCAGCAGGCGAUCCCACAUUCACUUCCAUCCCCAAAGUCAUGGACCGUCUCAUUGGCAUUCUUGACAGUGAAGACGACAUUGAUGGUGUGAUUGGCUUCUCUGAAGGAGCCCAAAUUGCAGCAUCGCUUCUUCUUGAAGAGCAAAGAAGAGAGAGAGAACUUGGUCGGAUGCCUCGAAUUAAAUGUGCGAUCUUUUUCAGCGGAUGGCCACCAGUACACCCGGUGACUGGCAGGUUUGUUACGGCUGAGGACUAUGAUGAAGAACCGAUUACUAUUCCAACCUGUCAUGCUGUGGGUGCGUUAGAUCCGUUCAUUGAUGGGUCAAUGGCACUGUACAAUAUGUGCGAUCCAGACAAAGCGGAUCUGUUUGACCAUGGAGCAGGGCAUUUGAUCCCAAGAGAUAAGCAGGUUACAGAGGAGGUUGCUAUGGUGGUACACGAGAUGAUCAACUGCACAGCUUAA